GGCGGCGGAGCGCGGCGGCGGCCGGCAGCAACUCGCGUCCUGCCGCAGUCUCUCGGCAGCUGGUCUGGGCGAGCGCAAGGGAGGAGACCCGCGCCCGGAAACCGCACUCGGAGCCGCGGUGACUUCCACCCGCGAUCGCGGCCCCCCGGCUCUCAAACACCUCCCGCAGCCUGGGAGGGUCAGCGUGGGAGGGCUUCCCGAUCUCUCGGGUCGGAUUGCGAACUUGGAGAGGACCGCGGCUCUCUCUCUGGCCUGGAGAGUGAACAGGAUUGUGGACCCUUUGGAGGUUGACAAUGACACAGUGAACCUGAAGGCUACCAGCAAAGCCAUCUGCUCGCAUCCUGAGUCUGAACAGUACAUCCCGUCGUCACCAACCAUGGCGAAGAGCGCAGAGGUCAAACUGGCCAUAUUUGGGAGAGCAGGCGUGGGCAAGUCAGCUAUCGUUGUGAGAUUUCUGACCAAACGAUUCAUCUGGGAGUAUGAUCCAACCCUCGAGUCAACCUACCGACACCAGGCAACCAUCGAUGAUGAAGUUGUUUCUAUGGAGAUCCUAGAUACCGCCGGCCAGGAAGACACCAUCCAGAGGGAAGGACACAUGCGCUGGGGGGAAGGCUUCGUGCUAGUCUACGAUAUCACUGACCGAGGAAGCUUUGAAGAAGUGCUGCCGCUAAAGAACGUCUUAGACGAAGUCAAAAAGCCCAAAAACCUAACUCUCAUCUUGGUCGGAAACAAGGCUGACUUGGACCACUCCAGGCAAGUGAGUACGGAAGAAGGGGAGAAGCUGGCUACAGAAUUGGCUUGCGCAUUUUAUGAAUGCUCCGCCUGCACGGGAGAAGGGAACAUCACCGAGGUGUUCUAUGAGCUCUGUCGCGAGGUGCGCCGCAGGAGGAUGGUCCAAGGCAAGACGAGGCGACGCAGCUCCACCACACACGUCAAGCAAGCCAUUAACAAGAUGCUCACCAAAAUCAGUAGUUAGAGGCCCUGCCAAGACGCGCUGAAAAUUGAGAAGUUCUUCCUGGCUCUUCUUUUGCCCUUCCAAACACGAGCGAAAUAUUCUUCUCCUUGUUUUGACUUUGGGAAACGUCAGGGUUUCUCGUGGUUCCUGGUCAGCUGCGUGCUGGGCAGUUCCCCAGUGUCCUCGCGGUCCUGAUGCUGUGACAGUCUCUCCCUUUCCUGCUUGCAUAGGAUCCGUGCUAAUGUAGUUUGAAGAUGUAACCACCAAGAUGCUGAAGUUGCUGGAUUGGCAGAAGCUAAUUUUAGGCAUCCCUGCCUUGCUUAAACACGUUGAAAUCUUUUCAGAGGCAUUUUAAGAUUCUGUUUCUUGUAGGAUACUGCAAAGGUCGCCAUAGUGUUUUGGGAUGUCUAGUGAGAAUUUGAGAAGGGUAGCUGAGCAAUUACAACGGAAAUAGAACUCUAGUUACCAUUCGAAGUAAGGAUUUUUUUAAAUUGCUAUCUUACUUAAAUUGUACAGUUUUUUCUUUAACCAUUAAUUUCAUUUUUAGGUUGAAAUGUUAUCACUGAUUUUAUUUCGUAAUGUAAUUGUCCAUUUCAAUUCAAAAUGGUUCUCUCAGUGAUCUAUAUUGGUCCUUAUAUGCCCAAUUCCAUUAUAAUUUCCUUAGUAGCAGAAGAAACAAGACCCACAAUUCACAUUCUGCUGUGUCUUUGCCCCCCUGAAGCCUGGGUGACAGAAAACACCAGGAAACUUUGUAUCAAAGCUUGAGGUCACUGCAUGUUAGUAGAGGACUUAGAGUUAGCGACACCUGGUUUGCGUGUUACUCUAAUAGCACUGUAGCAGGGAGAGAACCAUCUAAAUAAGAAAAUUCUGCUACCUAGUUAUUAUUCCCUAUUGGAAACCAAGUCUGAAUCCUGUGCAGUCAGCAGAGUAAACCUCUGAUACAAUAAGUUGGCCACAUACAUCCUUAACCUUUAAGCCUUGGAAGAAUUGGGGGAAAGAAUGGGUGAUUAAAAUUCAUUGUAUCCGAACGACCAUACAGAACAUGGAUGCUCAGUGGGUGAAAAAAAACUGUGUAACUGCCAAGAGUUUAUGGCCCUUUCUCCAUUUCCUGCCCCAUAUAUUAAGAUUUGGGCACUUUAUUUUGGAAGAAAAUAUAUAUCUUUUACAUAUUACAUAUUUAUAUGUAUACAUGUAAGUGUGUAUAAAAUUUGUAAGCAUUGGAGGCUUUCAUUCACCAAUGCAUUUGAACAAUCUGGUGUAACUGACUUUGUUUUAUGUGACUAUAAUAAAAAGUAUAAUUUUCAAA